UGACCAUGGUUAGUAUUUCCCUUCUACGUCUAUCAGCGACUCCAGUUGACUAAUGUGAAGCAUCUCGAACUUUGCUGAUCCGAGCUACUUCGAAGACGAAAAAGUAAAGGAGCCCUCUUGCUUUCUAUUGGAAUUCUUUCUGCAAUGGCAUCUAGUACAGUGGUUCAGCGGGGUGUCGACAUGUUCAGGGAAACUAGUGUAGAGAAAAUUAUUCUUGUUGGGGCUUCUGGAGUUGGGAAAACAUGGACAGCUAAACAGUUAAGUAAGCAUGCAAUUAAAGAGGGUUUAUUUGAGAUUGUUCUCUGGGUAUUCUGCAACAGAGAAUAUCAUGGGACAGCUCUUAGUGAUAGUAUUGCUCGUCAAUUGUCUCUCCUUCCCAUUGCUGAUGAGUGGGAAGCUGAGGAUAGCAAUAAGGGGAAAGAGGAGGAGGAGUUGGAAAUGAUGAUAGCUAAAUCCCUUGAGAAGAAGAAGGUUCUUUUAAUUUUGGAUGAUGAAGGAAACAAAAUGAAGGAAGGACAGAUAAUGCCCAAAUUGGAACUUCUGCUGAAUCUUCCCAAUGUAAGUUCAUACAAGGUUCUAAUCACUAGCACAAAUGCUCCCAUGGGAUCCAAAGAGGAGAUUCUGGUGAAGCCCUUGUCUGUGGAAGAGUCAUUGUCCUUAUUUCGAGAUAGGGUUGGGAGAAGAGUUUAUGAAGAUCCAGUCAUUCAAGAUUUAGCUGAAACUUUCAUAAAAGAGACAAAAUAUUUUCCUGCUGCAAUUAUGUUGAUGGCAAAAGCCUUCAGUUAUUUUGUUCAAUGUGAUUCUGGCACACAGAUGCUUAAGAGUGCUUUGAAGGAAGCAUCUGAAUCUGAUGGUAAAAACUAUAAUUUAGCAUGGCUACUACGCAGUGGGUAUGACUUGUUGCCAAGGAGUGUUUUAAUUGACUGUUGUCGGCAUGGUAGUCACUUCUUUCGCAACCGUGGAAGCAUUCAUUACAGUGAGUUGAUAGCUUACUGGAUAUUGGAAGGAUACCUUGGGCAUGUUGAUUGUAUGGAGAAGGCAUAUGAAAAGGGCCAUUCUGUUUUCAUGGAGCUUGUGGAUUGCCAAUUGCUGAAAAAACUGGAUAGUGGUUAUGUUAUCAUGGACAGUGACCGGGCAAUCAUAAAUUUGGAUGAGUUUGAUUGCUAUGGAUUCGGGGGGACCACCAGUCUUGGCUUGGCUGAUCUGUUUGAGGAUUGUAAGGGGACAGCCAGUCUUGGCUUGGCUGAUUUGUAUGAGGAUUGUAAGUGGGAAGGCUUUGGGAGAAUCAAUCAAGCAGAUGGAAUGAUAAAAUCAGUUUGUUCAACUAAAACGCUUUUUCUUAAUGGAAAUCGUUGUCUGGAAAUCCUUGAUAGUCUCUCUGGGUUGGAGAAACUCCAAGUUCUUGCCCUUUUCAACCCGACUUCCAAAUCAUUGACACAACUCUCGUCUGAAAUGCGCCAGCUCAUUGUGCUUGUUCUUAGAGGUUGUGAUUUUUUGGUGGAGAUGGACUACAAGUUUAAAAUUGUGCUUGUUCUCAGAGGUUGUGAUUUUUUGGUGGAGAUGGACCACAAGUUUGAACUUACGAGAUUGACUGUUCUUGAGAUAUCUAAUCCUAGCUCCUUGAAAAGAAUUCCAGAUGAUUUUUUUGCACAUAUGCUCCAGCUUCAAAGCUUGCAUAUAUCUGAAUUGAAGGUUGAUCCUUUACCUUCAUCUCUUUACAACCUUAAAGAAUUACGCUGGCUCAUUCUUAGAAGGUGUUCUUCCUUCAAAACAGUACACAGUUUGAAAAUUUUCAAAAAUCUCAUGGUGCUUGAUGUUUCAGGUGCUACAUCUUUGACAAAUUUUAUCGACAAAACCUUUCGACACACUCCAAAACUUCAGACGCUUAAUCUUUCACAUACCUCUAUUAACAGGAUACCAAAACUUCAAAAUCUUGGACAGCUUACUCAUCUCUCACUACGUGGCUGUAAACUCUUAGAUAGACUGCCCAAAACUGAUUCACUAACUAGUCUCCAAACUCUUGAUCUUUCAGGUGCUAUAAAGUGUAAGGAAUUCCAUGAGCAGUCACAAAAACUUCCUAGUGGCCUUAAAAUUCUUGAUAUAUCACAAACUCCUUUAGAAAAACUACCUUUUGAGAUUAAUGCUCAUCAUCUCUUUAUAAAACAUUGCCUUCGGCUACAAAAACUACCUUGUAUUGAAGCACUUAAAGAUCUCGAGGUACUUGAUCUUUCAGGUACCUCAAGUCUGGUUGAAAUUGAAGAUCAAUUCUUUAGUCAUCUGUCUUCUCUUCAAAUUCUCAACCUGUCGGAAACUGGAAUAAAAACUCUUCCUUCAAUUUCCAAUCUUUGCAACCUGCGUCAGCUAUUAUUGUUGGGCUGUAUUGCUUUGACAAAGAUAAAAGAUACAUCUUUUGAGCAGAUGUCUUGCCUUCAAAAUCUCGACCUCUCUGACAGUGGGAUAAUAUGCCUGCCAGAACUUUCAAAUCUGAGUAACCUGUCUGUGCUCUCUCUUAAAAGAUGUACUAACUUGAAAGCACUUCCACCUCUAGAAACUCUAUCAAAUCUUGAGGAGCUAAAUUUAUGUGGUGUUAGUUCUUUGAAGGAAACUGGGUCUGGUUUUUUGGUGCACAUGAGCCGCCUUCAGAUUCUUGACCUCUCUGAAACCCAGAUUGAACAGUUACCAUCCAUGUCAAACCUCAAAAGCCUUCGUCAGCUAUCUAUAAGAGGUUGUCAGCAUUUACAAACAGUGCCAAAUUUGGAAGUGCUCAUGAGCCUUCAGGUUCUGGAUCUUUCUGGCACAGCAGUCACUCAUAUACCAUCCCUUGAGAAUUUUAGCAACCUCAGAGAGCUCCUCCUUAGGGGUUGUUCAAACUUGGAAGGGUUCAUGCAUGUGGAAAUGAUUGAUCUGUUGGGGACCACUGUUAAAGAGCUUCCCUAUGGAAUCUCAAAGUUGACUCAUCUCGAGUGCCUUGAUCUGCCACACACGGAAAAAAUACAAGGAGCUGAGAGCAGAAACAUGAAGUCCCUGCCAGAAGUGGAGGAUCCUUAUCAGUGGAGUAUGUCCAGUUUUGACAAUCCUCACAUUGCUAUAAGUGGUAUUCAGUUUCUUCAAAUUUUAAAGAAAAACCCCUCUUCACUGGAGACACGAUUUCAUUUAUGUGUCCAUCCUACCAAGGAGAAAAAUAAGAAUGGGGAUACAUAUUCUUAUAGAAAUGACCAUAUUUUCGGAGAUAUCCUCUUCCGGACUGCAGAAUUUGACCGUUUUAAAGAGCAACGAUCACUGGAGAUACAUGGAUUUGAUCUUUUCCCCAGUGGUGUAGGGGAUGUGCUCUGCAAUGCUGACUGUGUAUUUUUUUAUCAAUAACACAUUCAACAAAUGGUUUUCUGAUAUUGGUGUUUC